ACUCAGGGUCAAAUGUGCGUGAUACACAUAUAAAAGCCAGUGUCGCCCACAGCUGAGACUUAGAGAAGUCAGUCACGAUUGAGACAUGGCCAUGUUCUUGCUUUUCAGUUGUUUUGCUCUUGUGGCCUCUUCACUGGGGUGUGGAGUACCUGCUAUCAGACCUCAAGUGAGCGGAUACAACAAGAUUGUAAAUGGGCAGAACGCUGUGCCUGGGUCCUGGCCCUGGCAGGUUUCACUUCAGGAUGGUAGGGGGUUCCAUUUCUGUGGAGGAUCCCUGAUCAGCCAGAACUGGGUUGUCACUGCUGCUCACUGCCGUGUGUCUCCUAGAAGCCACCGUGUUAUCCUGGGAGAACAUGAUCGUCAGUCCAAUAGUGAGCAAAUUCAGGUCAAGUCAAUUGCCAGGGCCAUCAGUCACCCUUACUACAACUCCCAGAACUUCAACAAUGACAUCACCCUUCUGAAGCUGUCUUCCCCAGUGCAGUUGACUUCCCGUGUGUCUCCCGUGUGCCUGGCUUCCUCCAGCACCAGCAUCCCCUCUGGGGCCAAAUGUGUCACAACUGGGUGGGGAAAAACCGGCCAAACCUCAAGCCCCCGCUACCUUCAGCAGACGGCUCUGCCUAUGCUCAGCCCUGCUCAGUGCAGGCAGUACUGGGGUCAGAACAGAAUCACUGAUGCCAUGAUCUGUGCUGGUGCUUCUGGAGUGUCCUCCUGUCAGGGUGACUCUGGUGGCCCUCUGGUCUGCGAGAACAGUGGAGUGUGGUCCCUUGUGGGUAUUGUUUCCUGGGGCACCUCUAACUGCAACGUGCGGGCCCCCGCCGUGUAUGCCCGUGUGUCCUACCUGCGCAGAUGGAUCGACCAGACUGUUGCUUACAACUAAUGCGCAAACACACACAAAGUCUGCAGUAUGCACGUGCUUGCAUGUUUUCCCAACACUUCAUCAUCCUGCUGCUCACUGUGAUAAAUGAGAUGUAAUUCUAUACUGCAUCAAUAUUAGCUGUCACAAGGAUGUUACUAUUUCUGCUGACUGUGCUGCUGUUUGGUGAAUUUGUGAGAAAUCAUGUAUAAAAUAUAACUCCUAAAAACACUA